GCAGAUUUUUCAACAGAAGAUGAAUCCAGGAGAAAAAACAAUUUUCCAAGAAUAUCUGACAAACCAAGGGACUGUGGUAAAACCCUACUGCUGGCAGAGACAGAACCAGGUCUGUGGCGAGUGUCCCUACCACAUACGGACUGGUGGAGAAGCGAGAGUCCCUUACACAGAAUUUCACAGUGUCUUUGGCUUCCCAUCCGGACCAACAGCAACUCUGCAAAACAAACACCUUCUCUUCUAUGAGCUGAGGAGUUUCUCAGGAAGAGUAGUCCAAAAAGGCCGUGCUACAAAUUGUACUAAACAAGACACCCACCCUGAAUCGAUGCUGUUUGAGGUGGGCAGUUAUCUGGACGCAGUUACAGAUGCCUAUGAAAACAUUGGAUACAUCAUCCUCUUUUCAAAUUACUCUCCCUGUAACGAGGCUUACCACUGCUGUGUAAGUAAGAUCUACAACUUCUUGCUGAAGUACCCAGAAAUCACACUCUGCAUCUAUUUCUCUCAGCUUUAUCACAUCCAGGACCGUUCCCCCCAUGCGUGGUGGAACAGAGAAGCUUUGCGCAGCCUCUCCAGCCUGUGGCCUCGGGUGACCCUGCAGAGACUGCCUGGGGGGGCUUGGCCUUACCUCCUCUGCCACUUUGUGUAUGGCAUCCCAGGGUCAAUCCUGUAUUACCCAACUCCACCAUCAAGAACCUUAGCAGAUGGACAAAAUCCACAUCAAAUUAACAAUUUAACAGGAAGGAAAUUGUAUUUUAAGCAAGCCCCUCCACAGGCAGUGCAGGGAAAGCCUGCUGUGCAGCAGAACUUAAAAGCCUUUUCUUCUCCCAGCCCAGCCUCCCAACAGCUUUUCCAAGCAAUGAGAGCCAGGCUGCUACCUCCCAUGUCUCAAAGCCACUUGGUGCUUUUCCCAGGCAUGUUUCUGCCCUUUCAGAGGGAACAGCUACACCCCAGGCCUAAAAACAUUGUAAGGCAUUUAAAAAUGCCACAGGAAUAA